CUGUCAGACGACCGACAGCGAAGCCCUUGCAUGAGGCGGGAAAGAGAGUUUUUCUAGAAGUUGACCUCUAAGCAGCAUAAGGUAAAAACUUUCUUAGGCAGCAAAGUGGUACCAACGAAAAAGAGGGCCUUGCCAGAGACCGGCCGCCUCGGUUGCCGCUACGUGGUCUGGCAAAAGAGGUUCUCCAUGUCUCCGCAAGACCCAAACGAGCUAUGUUUCGAGACUCAAGCGGCUAACUUUUUUUCCGUGCUUGUCGAGGCUCCGUUUGACGGAUCUCUUCCUUCCUCGUCGGCCCCCAUAAAAAGCGCGACUGGUGCGUUCGCGCCUGGUUCGGCUCGCGUGUCUCGUCGCCACCGUCCUCUCUCAGAGGAAGAAAUACCGUUUUCCACCACAAGUGAUUUUGUCGGAAGGGGAAAAAUACUGUUCCGUGACCCUAUUGAGGGACGUUGGGAAAGGACAGGGAAAGCGAGAGUGCGUCCACACUGCGAUGCUGAUCGCAGCUCACGCUCCAAGUGUACACACACUCGACGGCGCUGCGUAAAAGGCGACACCGGCGGACACGGGAGGGUCCACUUUUCUUUCUUUGUGUUUUUCACGUUCUUUGCAUUUGCAGAUUGGCGCGCGGUUUUUGCUAACUUUCUCUUCCUCUCGGAGUGCGUUUAAACCGGUUUCCCCCUCGUUUUCUCCCAUUCUCUCUCAACUUCCCCUGCUGUGCUUCUGUCCAUUUCCCCCGUCCUCAGCGUUCGCUCAAGUGAGGCAUCAUGGAGGCAGACACGCCGCCUGUUCCUGGGACCAGCUCGCAGAGCCUCGGAGGUUCUUCUCCAGGAUCGACUUGGGGAGCAUCGGGGACAUUUACAGCGUCUCGCCUCCACGGCCCAUUCGCCUCUUCUCAUUUGCCGUUCAACGGCCAUUCGCAUUCGUCCUCCCUCUCGUCGUCUCCUGUUCCGCUUCCCAGCGCGAGCUCGUCCUCCGUUGCCGCACCUCUUCUUGGAGCUUUUCAGCAUUCUUUCUCUUCCCCGUCUGUGUCAAAUUCUCUUCUCCCUUCCCUUUCCUCGUCUUCGUUUUCCUCUCUCUCGUCGUCUGCGUCACCGUCUCUGCAUGCCUCCUCGUUUCCUCCUGCGUUCUUUUCUGGAGAGCAUCUCUCCAUGGCUCCGUCUUCGCCGUCUCUCCCUCCUUCCUCUUUUCCUCUCGGCAGUGCCUCGCCGGCAGGGUGGACCGCGCAGAGUCUACAUGCGCCCAGACAGUCUGGAGAAACGGGAGGAGAAGUCCAGAGAGAGCCUCGCCAGUCUGCGUGCAGCGAAAGCUCCUCUGGAGUCUCUCGGCGACGCACGAGGGAAGAGACUUCUCGCAUGGCUCCCAUCUUUGCGGCGGGCAAAACGGCGAAUGCCGAAGAUGAAGCAAGAGAGGAAGAAGUCGCAAGGGCAUCGCAUGCAGGCCAUGAAUGCCCCAUCUGCCUGGAGAAAUUCGAAUGCGGAGAAAUGCGCAGGCCCAAAGUCCUCACAUGCGGCCAUUCGAUCUGCUUCUUGUGCAUCCUGCGAAUUCUUUCAACCGGCGACGGCUCUGCGGGGACGGCGCUUCACCCGCGCAGGGUCUCCCCUGCCUCGGCCUCUUCGUGUUUCUUCCUGGGGAUGUUCGGCGAGGCCUCGGGAAGGCAGCGAGGCCUCACAGGGGACGAGGAAUUCGACGCCUGCAUGCGCAGUGCUGCUCACUGCUCCUUCUUCCAGUGCCCAUUGUGUCGCCAGGAGUCUCGAAUCGCAGCGGACAACCUCGCCCUCCUUCCCUCAGGCGACGCGCAAAUUCCGAAGGCGAGGCGACAGGGAGAACGGAGGACGACGCAGGGCGCGUUCGGCGCGUCUGCAGAGGCCAAACAGAGAAGACCGACCGAGGGGAACCUCCACCGGGUGAAGCGUCCCCUCUGGACGGAUGCCCAGCAAGAGAACAGAGACUCCAGAACAUACUGCAAGCAACACCCGAACGAGGCGACCGUCGCGUACUGUCGCCUGUGUGGACUUCUGGUCUGCUCGCUCUGUUUCGCGGGAGAAGACUCGCCUCACUAUCUCCACCCGCGGACGUCGCUCGCCUGCGCGGUUGCCCUCGUCGCGGACCUCUCCAACGCGGUCCUCCUCCGCUUGAAGCAGGCGGCCGAGAGGCUCCGCUCGAACGUCCAGAGACGCCUCCGCGUCGAACAGAUGCUCGAGGAUGCAUACAGAUUGGCUUUUCAGCGAGGCGUUCAGCGUGUGGAGGAGCUACGAUGUCACCUGGAGACCUACGUCACUUGCGCAGCAUCUUGUCUCGCUGACGCCUUGAGUUCUUCUCGCGCACAAAGCUUGGAAAUGCACCGACGUCGCAGACAAGAAGAAGAGAGACUUCUCAGAGUAGCUUCCACUGCCGCUGUCGGUCUCGAGUCACACGUCGCGCGUCUUCUAUCCGCUUCUUCCUCUUCUUCUUCUUCCUCUUCUUCUUCUUCCUCUCUCUCGUUGACACCGCUUGCUUCUUCAUUCUCCUUCCCCGUGGAGGGAGAGAACAGGGAAGAGAUGGCAGCGCUCUCUUCUGGAGAAGGCCAGCCGUCGGCGAGAGAUUCGCCUCCUGUCACUGGCAGACCUGCGAAGCGCGCGAACGCGGGUGCAGUUGGCCCUGCAUGCGCUUCUUCCGCAGCCUCUGCUCCGUCUUCGUCUGCGACUGACCUUCCGUCGGCUUCGCCUGGGAGUUCGGAGGCAAGGGGAGGCGUCUGCGAGGCGCGCGUUCGAGUGCUUGCCUCUCUGCUUCCAGCGCUUCGGUACGCAGAAGCGGCCGAGCGUUUUGUGCAGCAGACGAUGGGGGAGGAGCAUGCGCGAGAAGAAGAGAGAGAAGAGGAAAUCGCAGCGAGGUGCGAAACUCUUCUCCACACGCGACUCGAGUCCCUCCAGCAUCUCGCCGGGGACCUUGCCGUCCUCUGGAAGACCCCGCGCGGUCGAGCGCCCACUCAGCAGCAGCAGACAGAAGGAGGAGAAGGAAGACAAAGAGCGCGGACGAGGACGGGGACAGAGAGCACUGACGGAGAGAGAACAAGAGGAAGAAGAGAGACUGAAGGAGGGAGCAAUCGCAACUGUGACGACAGUUGGAGAAAGAAGCGCGACAGAGGUGAAGAAGAGGAGAGAGAAGAAGAGGAUAGAGAAGAAGAAGAAAUGGACGGUAUGGAAGGUGAGGGCGGUGACCUGGACUUCGUCACGAGCUCGGAAAGAGGAGGAAACGACAAAGAAGAGAAGAAGGUAGCGGAAGCAACGACGGACAACAUGCUGACAAGGGACAGGAGACAGAUGGUGGAAGACUCCUGUGCGGAUGGAACGAGCAAGGGAGGAAACGCGAAAUCCAACAGAGCCUUCUCCCGCAUCCCAUACGAUGUCUGUCUACAAGGCGGACUCGUCCUUCCCCUUUUGGAACUUGUCUAUCGCGACUGGCCUCGCGAUUCGUUGCAUUCAACUCAUUCUGAAAACUCUCGCGGCUCUUCUCUUCCUCCUCCUCCAUCGGUGGCGGUUUCACAAACACAUCGCUCUUUAUCUCCAGCUUCUGCUUCCCCCUCUUCUUCUUUCUCUUCUUCUUUCUCUUCUUCUUUCUCUUCUGUCUCUUCGUCUGGGGUUUGCGAAAGCCGCGCUUCGUUCGCGUCCGGACAUGCUGUUUCGUCUGCUUCUUUUUCUUUGGGUUCUUCCUCUUCUCUGCCCUCGUUUUCAUCUGCUGUGGCUUCUUCGUCACUCUCCUCAAGUUCGUCUGUUUCGUCUUCUUUUUCUUCCUCCUUUCCACUUCGUGACUCAUCUCCACCCGCUUCCUCUCCUUCGUCUUCCGCGUCUUCUCUUCCCUUUUCUUCUUUCUCUCCGCCGUCUCUGUAGCUGUUUUUCUCUUCGUUCUACCUCGCGGCCUGCUCACACCUCAGUUUCCUUGUGAGUUUUCCACUGCCCCGCCGCUCCGCCCGCGUUUUUUCUCCGGACUCUCUCCGUUCUCCCCUGUUGCUUUCGACGCCAACCAAGAGAGCGGAGACAGGCGGAAAAGGACUUUUUCUGGGGAGUGCAUACGCCGAGCUGAACUGAGGAAUUUUGGGGGGUCGGUUUUCUUUCUUUUCGCCUGCUGCUAUGCGAAUCUGCGGAUCUGUGAAUGCACACGGAUGCGUCGCCACGCAGAAAAGGAUCCCAGAGUGCCCUGCACCCUGCCCUUGUUCGACGAAGCGCAGAUAUCGGACUGAAAACGGUUCCGAGAAGACUCUCCAGAUAAAUCCCUGACUCAAAACGAAAUACUUUCACACCGGACGGAACUGAAGAGCUGUACGCCCCUGAAGGCGUCUCGUACAGACGGAAAGUCGGAAACAGGCUCCCAAAAGAGUGAAUAUGGGAAGCGAGCUGUCAGGAAGACCAAGGGCGACUCACGACUGCUGUUCAAAUGUCUGCUUCUCUCAAGACACGAAAUGUGAGUUUAAUUGUCUGAGUGGGCGCCUUUCCUCCGUGGUUCACCCUAGACGUUGCAUUCAACCUCUGGCAUUUGGAAGGAAUCUGUUUCUCUUCUCAGACAGCCAAAGGGUGCGCCUUCACGACGAAUGCUGCAUUGUGACGCAACUCGCUUUUCAGACGAAGGUUCAGCGUUUCGCUUUUCAACGGACCGCACUCGAAGAAUCAGAAGAAAACGCGCAGAAAAGCAUCUGCGUUUGAGAGCUUGUAAGAGCCUGCUCGCGACCAGUG